GUUACGCAACUUCUGUAUGGUGUUACAGUACAGUGUAUUACAAUUUAAAUUUUACUAUUUUGACUUGGAUUUUGAUUGCAAUGCACAGUACGCAGAGGUCUGUGAAAAUGCCAAUGGGAAAUUAUGUUGUAUAAACACCAAUAAAAUGACCCGAGGUGAGCAGCUGUAGGCGGAGCGACAGGUGUGAAGAUGACGGUCGGAUACCAGGAUGGCAGGAUCGUGCCCUACGAGGUGCUGGUGGAGAUAUUCUCGCACCUCUCCUUCUCGGACGUGCUCUCUGCCGGCCUGGUGUGCCGGCUGUGGCACGACGUCAGCUGCCAUGUGCUGCGCCACUCGCGCACCGUCUGCCUGGAGGGCGGUGGUGCUGAGCGGGCCGCCGGCCUGCUGGCCAGUGAGGAAGCCGCACCGUUCACCCGGCUCGUACUGCGUGAGGCCGAUGUGAGCGCGCGCGGCCCGCUGGCCGGUCUCUGGAGCUCCGCCGGACCCGGUCUGAGCGUGCUGCGUCUGCUCGGCUGCACCGUCAAGGAGAGCGACUUGGUGCAGAUUCUCUCCCACUGCGAAGAGCUGGAGGAGCUGGCCCUGGUCGGCUGCGACUCUCUCUUCAUGACGGGCAACAUCCUGUCGCGCGACUCGGCCCAGCAGCUGAGCCUGCCCUCUCUGCGGCGUCUCGACCUGUCGGCCAACCGGUAUCUCUCUGACGCCAUCCUGCAGCGACUUCUGGCGCUCGCGCCGGGCCUCGAGGAGCUCUCGCUGCGCUCCUGUCAGAUCGGCUUCCACCCGGGCAUCUACCGCAAGUUUUAUCCAGGCGGCGGCGCCGGCGCAGUCUCCAGCUCAGUGCUCACAUUUGAGUGUGUGAUGGCGUUCGUACGCGAGCGCGCGGCUGCGGUACGUGCACUCGACCUCAGCGACACAAAUGUGGAGGACGGUGCGCUGGCCGACCUGGCGGCGGUCUCCGAGCUGCGACUGGAGACGCUGCGGCUGGAGGGCUGCCGCGCGGCCACCGGCGCCGGCCUGGCCGCCCUGCUGACCGCCCAGCCGCGGCUCGCUGAGCUGGACCUGAGCGGAACCCGCGCCGACGCGGCCACCACGGCGGCGGCGGCGCGGCUGCCGCGGCUCCGGCUUCUGGCGCUGCGCCGCUGUGACCGUCUGCCGGCCGCCGCACUGGAGCCGCUGGCCGGCGCCGCCCUGCACGAACUCGACCUCAGCGAGAACGAGCGGCUGCCGGCGGACGCGGCGGCGGCAGCGCUGCCAGCCGACGGCUCUCAGCUGCGCCGGCUGCGGCUGCGCGCGCUCAAACUGACGGCCGACUGUGUGAUCCGACUGGCUGACCGGCUGUCGGCGCUGCGGGAGCUCGAUCUGUCACGCUGUCUGACGGGCGUGACCGACUCCAGUCUGCAGGCCAUCUGCCGCCACCUGCCCGGCCUGGAGGUGCUGCGACUGUCAGAGUGUCACCUGGUCACCGACUCGGGUCUCACUGGACUGGGACUGGCCGGCGCCGGAGCCGAUCCGGCCGCGCCGCUCAAACCCAACAAGACAUUCCUGCACGGGGAGGCGGGCGCAGCACAGGAGCCGGCCGAGCAGCCCCCGCCCUCUGCGCUGGUCACACCGCAGCGCAGCCCGCACGCCAUUUCACUGCGCAGCCGGCACGAGCGCGAGAUAUGGAGCGACGCCGGCCGAAAGCAGCUGGUCCAGAGCCAGAUCGAGCUCAACGACACCGGCUCCGGCAUCAGUCUGGUGGACCUGAAAGGUCUGGUGGAGCUCGACCUGUCCCAGUGUAGUCGUGUCAGCGAUAUCGGCGUCACCCACGUAGUGCGUCACGCGGGUCUGCGCCGACUCAGCCUGGCGCACUGCCCGCAGCUGGGGGACGGUGCUGUGGCGCUGCUGGGCAGACACUGCCCGGCGCUCGAGUGGGUCCGCCUGGCAGGCUGCGCGUCGCUCACCGACCGUGGUCUGACCGGACUGGUGCAGCACGCCCGCCGCCUCAAACACCUGGACGUGCAGGGCUGUAUCGAGCUGACGGACGCCUCUGUGCGCGCGCUGAUGACCCAUGGCGCUAGUCUGCAGUACCUGAACGUGACCGGGUGUCGUCAAGUGAGCUGCGCCCUGGUUUCCUGUCUGGAGGAGGCGCUGCCCCGACUGGCUCCAGUCAGCAGGGCCGGACUGGACGGCGCCGAGCCCGGCCACGCGCCGCCGCCGCCCCCGCCGCCCCCGGCGCAGGGCAGGGCUGGCCAGCCACGCCGCCGCUAAAGGCUCCCGCCGCCGCUACCCCCGCCUCCGCCGGCGCAAGGCAGGGCUGGCCAGCCACGCCGCCGCUAAAGGCUCCCGCCGCCGCUACCCCCGCCUCCGCCGGCGCAAGGCAGGGCUGGCCAGCCACGCCGCCGCUAAAGGCUCCCGCCGCCGCUACAGUGCAGCUGAGCUCCCCUGGACAUCCGGGCAGGACCCGGCGUCUUCUGUUGCUACUACUGUGGCUAUCACGGGCUGGGCCCGGUAGGCUGCUGGCAGCGACUCUAUGGUAAUCAACGGCACGCCGUCAGGUGAGAGGCACUCUGGGGAAAAUAUGGUAACCAGACCCGUUACGAGUAUACAUGACGGGUUCUGAGGUUAGAUAGUGAUCUUAGUGCAACGAGUGGAGUUUGUAGUGCAAUAGUAUAGUGGGCGUAGUGGGUGUAUUUUAUUGGCUAUAUUAUCACGUUAGGUGUAUUCAUUGUCGUGAGUUCCGCAAUGACAGCCACUCACAUGUACUCGAACCAUGUCUAAAUCCCAAAGUACUCGGGUGUCCGGUGAAGAUGAACGAAUGACAGUUUUAGUGCUAGUCAUAUAGAUGCAUUACGUAUAUUUUACACCCUUUUCCAGUUGCCAAUGUGCUAAAACGUUGGAAACGCUUUUAGUGGGGCAUUAUUAUUAGCAGCAUCAGACCGUUUCAAUGAGCAAUCGACGGUAUUCUCAUCAUUGUAAUCGAUGGUAUUCUCAGUAGUUCUAACCUAGGAAUCUUUUUUUGUGAUGCGAGUUACUAAAUGUUUGUUAUGUGUGGUCUUCAGCGUGUCCCUUGUGCACGUAAGAGGAUAGCCUUUCGCGAUGACCCCCAUCCCCGGCCGAGGCCGCUGGUCUUCCUUACCCACUGGCGAUGCGGGCGUUUUCAUGUAAUCCCGGGUGUUGUGCUUCCAUAAAUCAGGUGCUGGAUUGUGGACUUCCUUCCUUUAUGGGUCAGGUCGCGUCAGAUAAACGCUGUGACGUUUCCUUCCACCGUAUAGUAAACGGAAACGUGCGGGUCGGUUUACCACCUUUCUCAGGUGCCUUAUAGCAGGCCGAUUGUGACGGCAGAUACCCUGCUUACCUUUGCUGUGUCGGUGACGGGUCCUUCACACAGGGCUGCAUACUGCAUUGAUGAUUGCAUUGAUUGGGACGGGUUUACUGACUAUCAGGCUGAACCUGUGAUCUGUGUGAUCAGAGACCAGCGUGGUCCGUCCGCGCGCUGCAGUGGUGCCUUCUGAUUGUGAGAUUCCUCGACUAAGAUGUGUGACUUCCCUCGUGUGAUUAGAUCACAAUAAUUAACGUACCUUUGCUGCGAUUGUGCUUAAUGUGAUAUGGAUGUGGAUCAUAUAAACAUUAAACAGUCUGAUUGAGGGCAUUGAAUGGAUUGUGAUAACUGUUUUAUUAUUUACUUCUCGUUUCCCGUAGGUCUUGUGUUUGAACAAACUAUUACGCGGUUUAUAUGUUAAGGUUAUAAUGUAUAAUGACGAUGGAUGUUGCAAUAAUGAUGUGGAUAUUUGAUAAGACUUAGAGUAUGUGAUGAUAUAAAGUUGUGAUCAAUAAAUCAUACAGCACGAUUA